AUGCCGGCCGCCCGCGCCGCGCGCACCUGUGCGCUGCUCGCCCUCUGCCUGCUGGGCGGCGCGGCCCAGGACCUCGGGCCCACGCGCUUCAUCUGCACCUCGGUGCCCGCGGACGCCGACAUGUGCGGCGCGGCCGUGGCGGCGGGCGGCGCGGAGGAGCUGCGGGGCAGCGUGCUGCAGCUCCGCGAGACCGUGCUGCAGCAGAAGGAGACCAUCCUCAGCCAGAAGGAGGCCAUCCGCGAGCUGACGGCCAAGCUGGGCCGCUGCGAGAGCCAGAGCGCCCUGGACGCGGGCGCCGGCCGCCAGCAGCCCGCCGCGGGCAAGCACUCCCUGGGCGACCUGUCCCGGACCGCGCAGGCCGCCGAGACGCUCGGCCAACUCGCGCAAACUUUGCAGUCGCUCAAAACCCGCCUGGAGAACCUCGAGCAGUACAGCCGGCUCAAUUCCUCCAGCCAGACCAACAGCCUCAAGGACCUGCUGCAGAGCAAGAUCGACGACCUGGAGAGGCAGGUGCUGUCCAGGGUGAACUCGCUGGAGGAGGGCAAGGGCGGCGCCAAGAACGACACGGAGGAGAGGGCCAAGAUCGAGAGCGCCCUGACCUCGCUGCACCAGCGCAUCAGCGAACUGGAGAAAGGCCAGAAGGACAGCCGCCCCGGGGACAAGUUCCAGCUCACGUUCCCGCUGCGCACCAACUACAUGUACGCCAAGGUGAGGCGGAGCCUGCCCGAGAUGUACGCCUUCUCCGUGUGCAUGUGGCUCAAGUCCAGCGCCGCGCCCGGCGUGGGCACGCCCUUCUCCUACGCCGUGCCCGGCCAGGCCAACGAGCUGGUCCUCAUCGAGUGGGGCAACAACCCCAUGGAGAUCCUCAUCAACGACAAGGUGGCCAAGCUGCCCUUUGUCAUCAAUGACGGGAAGUGGCACCACAUCUGUGUCACCUGGACCACGCGGGACGGCGUCUGGGAGGCCUACCAGGACGGCACGCAGGGCGGCAGCGGCGAGAACCUGGCCCCCUAUCACCCCAUCAAGCCGCAGGGCGUGCUGGUGCUGGGCCAGGAGCAGGACACGCUGGGUGGCGGGUUUGAUGCCACCCAGGCGUUCGUGGGCGAGCUGGCCCACUUCAACAUCUGGGACCGCAAGCUGACCCCGGGCGAGGUGUACAACCUGGCCACGUGCAGCCCCAAGGCCCUCUCCGGCAACGUCAUCGCCUGGGCCGAGUCCCACAUCGAGAUCUACGGCGGCGCCACCAAGUGGACAUUCGAGGCCUGUCGCCAGGUCAACUGA